CAGAAACCUCUAAGUCAUCAAGAGCCAAAACCAUAACCAAGAAGUCUUUGACAACAACAUUGUCAAUGAGUCCAUCCCCGAACAUACAUUCUUCAGAACAAACAGCAACAUUGGAAAGAACAAGAAUGAAUUCAACAGUACAACUAGCAAGUACAAAAUCUCCUACGACACUGAAAUCAUCUCAAACGUGGACCCAACUGAUCACAUCUACUCCAGAAUCUGUGAGAUCAACAUCCUCUAUGAGUUCCAUAACAGGGACAAGGAAACCAACCCUAGAUACUACUGCGACCAAAAAAAUAACAUCUUUUGCUGGUUCCUCUUCAUCUCCAUCACAGACUACAAUGCCAGGUAUCUCUACAUCUCCAUUACUAGAGUCUUCGGACCCAAGCACAGUCUCUCUAAGUGGUACCAUGGCUCCAACAACAUCCUCUUCAUUCCCUGAAGUGUCGCAAGCAAACGUAACCUCUGGACAAACUAAAACUCUAUCUACUCAAACUCAAACUGAAACUCCAUCUACAGUCCAAACAACAGUAAAAGAAUCCAAAGGACAAACUAAAACUCCAUCUACUUCAACUAAAACUCAAACUGAAACUCCUUCUACAGUCCAAACAACAGCAAAGGCAACCACAGGACAAACUAAAACUCCAUCUACUCCAACUAAAGCUCAAACUGAAACUCCUUCUACAGCCCAAACAACGACAAAGAAAUCCACAGCAAGUAUGGAAUACUCCACAUCAUCUAGCAGUUCUUUGUCAUCUACAGUACAAUCUACAUUGCCAUGGAGCUUUACAACUGCAAGGACUGGGCUGUCAAGGGCAUCAAAUAUAACCACAGAACGUCUAGUAAACACUUCUCUGGUAUCAACACCAAAGUCAGUGUCUUCCUUGACGCAACUUACACAUUCAUCAUCUCCCUCAGAGUCUUCUCUCUCUUUGUCUUCAAGACAUCCUCAGACUCCAUUGAUGCCAGCACAAUCAUCAACAAGGUCAACUGAUCAGACCACAAGUCUUGUGCAAAUGAUAAAUUCCACUGCAUUGAAGAUGAGUUCUGGAAUGGUCUCUUCCACAGCAGUAUUGACUGAUGCCAAAACUACAUCUUCUUCAGUUAGAGAACAGACGUCUGCAAAACCAACUACAACGUCCAAAGUAGAUACAACAUCAUCUCUUUUCCCAUCAACUCAGACACCAUCUUUAGCAGAGACGACAUCUUCAAUAUUGAGGGAGGCCUCUUCUUUGUCAACUGCUCAGUCAAUGCCAUUCACUUCUCUGUUUUCCAAAGCAGUUUCUUCAGAGAAAACGAUACUGUCCACAGAAGCUACGAGGGCUACCCCAAGCAAACCAGCGGUGACAGUGUCAUCAUAUUCAGUAUCUCCAGUGCCAACCUACUCUAUUGCAGCAACAAUAACUCCCUCAUUUUCAACAGCAGUGAAUACAACUGUACCAACUACAACCCAAUCUAAGACCCGUGUAUCAUCAACAUCAAAGGAGCAAUCUUCUUCCUCACCAAUUGAAUCCUCCCUGCAUCCCACGAUGCCACCAACUUCUUUGCCGUUAGUAACAGGCUCAAAUGCAGCGACCCUUAAAGAUACUACUGGGUCUUCAACUGCUGAAACGACCAUAAACCAAUCAUUUACGUCAAUGUUGCUUACUUCAACAACCAUCCCUACAGUGUCAAAAGCACAAUCUGUGAUGUCAACAACUUCUAUCUUGCAAUCAACAUUGAAACAAACUUCAAGGGUUGUAAGAACAACCAAGCUAUCAACUGCAACCACAAAGAUGUCCUCUACCCUUCUCAUACCAACGCUGACUACAAAUGUCCAUAAAAGUACCAAAGAAUCAACAACACAUUCAACCACAAGACCGUCAUUAACCACAACAGAGUCUACGAGUUCUGUAUUGAUGCCUUCAACUUUAACAAGUGUGUCUACAUCUACAAUGCCAGAAUAUCCCACAACACCAGUAGCCUCUGAGUCUGUAAUCACACUGUCUACAAAGCAAACAACCACUAUCAUGGAAACAGACAGGACCACCUUAAGUCCAACAACAAAGGAAUUGUCUUCAUCUCAAAGACAGACAACUUCAAUUGCAUCUACAGAGAGCGCAACAUCCUCUAAAAUGAGUACAUCAGUAGAAACCAUAUACAGAACUCUGGCUUAUGAACCAACAACAAUCGAACCAAGAGUACAAUCAUCGUCAGCUGAAAGAACAUCCUUAACAGAUUCCUCUUUGUCUCCAUCCCAUUCCAUAACGCCAGUUUUAGCAUUAUCCUCAACAAUGGAGCUUUCAGAACCCACUACUGAACCUACUACUGAACAAUCAACAACCUCCUUGUUUCUUACAUCAUCGCAAUCAGUUACAUUGUCUGCACAGACUACAAUGCAAUCAACAGGCCAACCAACUACAUCAACAACAAAAUUGCAGUAUCUAACAACGUCUACUAAAACCCAAACCCCUACAAAAACUGCAAGGACUACCUCUGUGGUACCUUCUACCAUAGCAGCAACUCCUGAAUUGAGGACUACAACCUCCACUGCUCUAAGAGAGACAUCCAUGAAGCCAACGUCAGUUUCUACGGAAGAUACAAGAUCAGAGACUGCUCCUUCAAGCACACAAACGUUAUUUUUGGCAAAUAUGUCAUCCAUGUCAACAGACACUCUGGUUUCGUCCUCUAACACAUCAAAAUUAGGUACUUCCCUGUCUCCAACAAUAGUAUCUUCAAAGAAAAGUUCAGUAUCUAUGGAAACUACCAGGGCAAUGCCAAGUACACCAGCCACAAACAGUGCAACUACUCUAGCUAUCAGUCCUUCAACAACAAAGGCCACAACAAGAGAAGCCUCUUCAUUCCCAAACAUGCAGUCUACAGUGAAAGCAACAACUUUUUCAAAAUCAAGGAUGGAGACAACACAACUUGUACAUGUAACAACAAAGGCAUCCUCUUCAACACCAAGUUCAACAACUUUGAUUGCAUCUGCCUCAGAGCCACACAUACGCCCAACAACCUUGGAACGCACAACAGCAGAGCCUGCAACCGCAAUGCUGAAUGAUACUGAGUCAUCAACAAUGCUUUUCGACACUUUGUCUUUAUCAACAAAGUCACCUGAACUGAGCACAGUAUCCUCAGAGAGCACAAUGACUUCAGCAACAACACCAACAAACACCCCUUCAUCUCCUACAACAUUUCAGGCAAUCAUAUCCUCUGCAAAAACAACAAAGCAAGCAACAGGCCAAACAACUGCAAAGACAACCAAAGCAAACAACUUAACAUCACCUGUGACUGUGAUGUCAUCGGUAGUGAAUUCUACAUCACACAUGGAAUCUUCAUCGAAGACAGCAUCUCAGCAAGAACACACAACUUCCACUGUAAUAUCAGACGCUCAAAAAACAACAAGGAAACAAGUCAGCAACACUUCAAGACAUCCAACAACAUCUGUGACUUCAUCAUUGUCAUCAUUGCCAAAGUCAGUGUCUACCAAACUAACUGGGAAUCCUGCAAGGGCUUCAACAGUGAUGCCCACGACCAUGGAAGUUCCUUCUACAAUGGUGUUGUCUUCUCUUGCAGACUUAAAGACCUCUUCCUCUGAUUUAAGAACUUCAUCCUCCGCUGUUAUAAGUCAGGCGUCAGUGAAACCAACUUCAAUCUCAACAGAAAAUGUUAAGCCUUCGACUACUCGCCUAAUAACACAGAUGCAGCCUUCCAUUAAGACACCAUCAGUGUCCACCACUACUCCAUCUACAACAGUCAUGACAUCUUCAACAGAAGACUUAACAUCCACAGCAUAUACAAGUACAACCCCAAGCAAACUAACCACCAAGAUGUCCAUGGCAACAUCACCAACCACCCUGACGUCAUCGCCCGCACAGAUGCUCUUAACAACACAGCCAAUUGCUUCUUCAUCAACACCAGAGCAUCUCACAACUCUCGCACUGUCCCUAACUUCAACUGCGCAGUCUACAGAGCAAACAGAAACUUUCCCAAAAACAAGCAGAAAGCCAACUGUACAAUCAUCAAAGAUUUCAGAACCCCGGACAUCUCUUACAUCAACGACUGUGAUUACGUCUACCUCGGAACCACUGACGGAAAAAAUUACCUCUAUACGCCCUUCAUCAUCAAUGACCCAAUCAGGAAUACAAACUUUGUCAUCAGAAGGUGUAUCAUCCUCAGAAGGGUCAACUCUGUCUACAUUACAUCCCACAGUGUCAGUUAUUGUUUCAUCUCCAUCAACAACUAAAUGGAGGACCUCCUCUUCAGCGUCUCAGCUUGUCUCGUCCCCUGCACAAAGUACAACUCCAUUGAAAGGCCAGUCUACUACAGAGACUUCCACAGCUAAUGUGAUGACAUCAUCAGUAACUUCAUGGUCAGCCAUUCUGCAUCCAACAUCGCCAAUGCAAUCUUCGCCCAAAAAUUCACAACAAAUUGCUUUGUCCACAAGAACCAUUGGGAUUUCAGCCACACAGAAGUCGACCCAACAAUUGGUCAGCAGCACUUCUGAGUUUUCAACAUCAGAAUCAACCACUCAGGCGUCCUCUAAGCCAUCUGCUUUGUCUUUGUCAACAAGACACACUCAGAUGUCAGUGACAUCAUCACUGCCAAUAAAGACGUUAAGUCAUCAGACUACAAAUGUAGAAAAUGUUACAGGGACUUCAACAAUGAAAUCCACUACCAGGGAUGCAUCUUCACCAACAAUGUCUUCUUCUGCAACAACAACUCCUCGCUUAAAGGCUACUUCUCCGGUUUUAAGACAGACGUCUGUGCAAACGUCUUCAUCCUCUCAAAGAAAUGUACAACCUUCCACUAUUCACCCAACCACACGGAUGUCAUCAACAAUGGUGACGCCUUCCACAUCAACUGCCCCCUCCUUGUCUUCAGCCAAUGUAACACCACUGAUCACUGCAUCUCUGAUAAGAGAAGAAACUUCUACGUUGAUGGGAACAACAAGCACAAACAAACUAUCAACCCUCCUGAAAAUUCCUUCAACACAAGGGCCUACAUUGUCUCCAAAUACAACAUCAAUGAAACCAAAUACAACAUCAAUUGAACCAACAACAAAGUCAAUGGAACCAACAACAAAGUCAAUGGAACCAACAACAAAAUCAAUGGAACAAACAACAAAAUUAAUGGAACAAAGAACAAAAUCAAUGGAACAAACUACAAAAUCAAUGGAACAAACAACAAAAUCAAAGGAACCAACAACAAAAUCAAUGAAAUCGACAACAAAAUCAAUAGAACAAAGAACAACUCUCUUAAAAACAAGCAUUGAGACGUUGAUGAAUUCAACAACAAAGGAAAUCCCUACAACAAUAGGGUCAUCUCUAGCACGGUCAACCUUUGUUUCACCUACCUUGCUGAUCCCAGCAUCCUCUGUAAGGUCCACAGAAGAGCCUUGGAAACGAACCCCAACUACUGUCAAGCCAUCAACAACUCAAUCAAGAGCACAAACAUCAUUGUCAACAACUCAAUCAAGAGUGCAAACAUCAUUGUCAACAACACAAUCAAGAGUGCAAACAUCAUCAUCAUCUCCAACCAGUUCCUCUUUCUCUGCAUCAUAUUCUACAAAGUCAGGAACAACAUCGUCUCCGUUAAUGAUGUCAAUGGCGACAAGUACUGUUACUGUAUCCUUACAAAGUACUAAACCAUCAACAGCAACCUCCAUAUCUCAUGGAAAAGCUACAAGGGCAUCAGCAAGACAGCCAACUACAGAUACAUCCACAGAAGUUAGGAAAGUAUCAACCUCAUCUGUUGCUUCGAUGUCACCUACGGUACAUCCUACUACAUCUAGGAUAUUGUCAAGUGAACUACAGCAUACUGUAUCCAUAGGAUCCACUGCAACAUCAGCCACUCCAAAACCGACAGGGCAGUUUUCAACAGCUACUCUUACUAGAGUUCUGGAAACAUUUCCAACAUCGUCAUUUCCAACAACUGUGCCUCUGGAGCAAUUAUCCACUGCUCUUGGAUCUACCCAACCAUCAACCCUGCGUCCAACCUCCCAUGCACCAUCAACGGUUGCAGCUUCAACUCUGAAAACUUCUUCGUUCCUUACAAUUGAGGGUGCCACCAAACAGUCAGCGCCAUUUUCUACUUCUUUGAGGUCAACAGACUCCAGACAAGGGCUGUCAACACUAACUGAUGUUGCUAGUGAGCCAACAGGUACAACAACAACAACAGCAGCAAUACCUACAACUGAAGCAGUGGUCAUUGUGACAACCACUAAUGCUGGCUACACAACAACUACACAAUCAACGGUAUCCUACUGUGAGAAUGACAAUAAGCUGAGUCUUGAGUGGCCUCGUACAGUGGCUAAUGGGAUCAUCACACUUGCUGGGAGCUGUCACCAUGGCAUCAUCAGGAGGGAGUGCAGAGACGGUCGGUGGCAAACUCCAGACACGACGGAAUGCCACUCCCAUCAAGCAGCUGAUCUGUUGGAAAAGGCCAACGAUACUCUGACCAAACUGGAAACAAUGCAGCACAUAACACCUGCUGAUGUAGACAUGGUGGGACAGCUGGCCGAGGCCAUGGAAGAUGCCACUAAUUCUUCAGGGGGGUACAUCCCAACUGCCAACGAUCUGCAGUUGUAUACAAACAUCACGUCAUCUCUCGUCAGGGUAUUCGAAAUGGCUAACGACACAGUGCCAUACACAAGGUUGACAAGAUAUGCCCAGAGUGUUGUGAAUGUGUUCAGCAACAUGAUCGCACCCAAAAAUAGGGAAGUCUGGGCUACUGCAAGCAUGUUGACCCGUGACAGUUGCGGAGGUUGCUCUUGUGUUAUGGAGCAGGCUGAAAAAUUAGCUCGAUCUCUGGCACGGAGCCUUCCUAUAGAUGGCACUUUUACCACUGAAAUCCACAGCAUACAUAUACACAUGGAGUUCCAGAAAAUUCCAGUCUCGGCAAGAAAUGAUAUUAACUUUCCCAGAGACAGAUCAGAGUUCAUAGGUCGGACAAAACCAUCUCCUAUCAGCAUUCCGAUUGGUGUGCUUCGUGCCGGUGAUUCAGUGAAAGAGUCCUCAGUGUACUACAUUGCCUAUGAGGACCUGCAAAGCUGUCUACCUCCAAUAACUUCUGUAAAGUACAACGGCUUUACAAUACAAGCACAAGUUGUAGCGGCUGGAGUGGACCCACAGCCAGUAACACCUUUCAAGCAGAAUGUGUCAAUUGGCCACUGGCAUCUUACGAACGAUCCUAAUGAAACAGCCUGCACAUGGUGGGACUUUGGAAAGAGGGAAUGGACAGACAGAGGAUGCACUGUUGAUCCAUCCAUGUCUAAUGACAGUUACACACACUGCCUCUGCAACCAUCUCACCAACUUUGCACUUCUUAUGAGCCCCUUUCACAAGACUUCCCCUUUUGUGUCUAAAGCACUGAAGUACAUCACGAUCAUUGGUUGUGGAAUCUCUUUCAUCUUCCUUUUAAUAACUGCAGCAGCACAUCUCACUCUGUGGAGGUUUGUGAAGAAGGAUUCUGCACGUGCGCAUAUCCAUGUCAACCUGUGCUUCUCCCUCGCUAUCGGCAACUUAGUCAUCAUCAUCUCCGAGAUUGUGGAUCCUGGAAUCACUGUUCUGUGUACAGUGAUUGCCGUGUUUCUUCACUUCUUCUACCUGUCCGCCAUGACGUGGAUGCUGUGUGAGGGUAUCCAGCUGUACAUGUCUAUUGUACACGUCUUCAGGAGGUCAAACAAGAUCGUCAGACGGGCGUACUACGCUGCAGGAUGGGGUGCUCCCCUGGUCAUUGUGGCUAUCACCAUCGGAGUGACCCAGUCAGCAGGGUACGGUAACCAGGUCACCACAGGCGGGAACCCUCAGGCUCUGUCUGAAACAAACGGCACAGCCGAGGCUACUAGUGAUGGACAGGUGUCAAGCAGCAAUGGCGAGGAUGAGCACUGUUGGCUGGUUGUAGACAACGGAGUAAGGUGGUCUUUCAUCGGACCAGCAAUCUUCAUCAUCGCGGUGAAUCUAAUAAUCAUGGUGAUUGUUUUGAAAACCAUGCUGGGAAACAGAGCACUGCAGAAUGCUGAACAAUGGACACGGACCAAAGCUGGAGUACGGGCCUCUUUUGUGAUGUUACCUCUGCUUGGACUGAGCUGGUUGCUAGGUGUGUUCUCUGUCAACGAACAGACUUCAGCUGCUUUUGGUCUUCUAUUUGCAGUCGUCAACUCACUCCAGGGAUUGUUCAUCUUUAUCUUCCACUGCUUGAGGAGUAAGACGAUAAAUGAUGCCCUUGAUAAGAAGAAUGGCAAGGGAGCCAGCUUCAGAAAGAGCAACCUCUCAAAGACAAUAUCGAGACAAAGUAGUUAUGACCCCCGGCCAACGAUGAAACGCGUGAAAGGCUCCUUGUUACUUCGGCGACUGUUUCCCAGCAAAAAGGACGACCGGCGGCGGCAGCACUCCAGUUCUGGCACAAACUCUCUUUCUGUACCCAGUACACCUCCAAAGAUGCGCAAGGAAGAAAGAAAAUCUUCUGCGGACAGUAGCUUCUCUUUAACAUCCUUAGUUAGGAAGCUGAGAGGGUCUCAUAGUUCGGAAAAUGCUGAUGAGUCAACAUCCGGGGACUCCGGCGUGGCAGACUUGCACUCAGGAGGGAAACAGUCACCAGACCGAAGCAGGCGGUCUUCCACGUCAAGCACACCGCACACACCGACAAGCUUGAGCUGGGCGCCUACGCUAGAUCUAGAACAGCCGCCGGUUGCCCCUCCCCGAACCAAGCGGCAAAGGGCUUCUGCAACUCUCAUGCCAACGCCGACUCUCCCAACCUUAGUGGAAUGUUCUCCUUACUCUACUGUUAACUCCAAUAGUAAUUUUACAACCACAGCACAAGUAGAGCCAAACCAAGUUAACAUUGACUUUAGCAGAGCCCCUUCACCAGAGAACAACUCAGCUGCUACUGUACAACCAUCUGCUGAAUUCAUGGGUGAACAACAUAUAAACGGAAAUGGCUUGAGAAGGGCAGCUUCUGCUCCAGUAAAGAAACGUCCAAACAAAAAGACGAGAGGAAGUUUACAUGACACGAUAGUCAACAUCCCUGAAGACUCGUCACCAGAGGUCGAAUCCUCCGACUCACCACCAGAAGAUGAUUUUUCUGAUUAUUCCAGCGUGUUUGAGGAAAUACAUGAAGUUGCAGUACGCAGGAGAUCAUUACCUAAACUAGAAGACUGGAAAAAUGUUCUAUAACUCAAGACUUAUGAUAUCAAUUAGCAGAUAUUGUGGAAAAUUCAAUCUUUUGACAUUCUUUUUGAGACUUUCAUAUGAAUAGCUAAUGAGCAAGGCAUUCUUAAAUGAUCACCAAUAGUAAGCCAUAGUAUAAUACGUAUGAUGUACAAUGUAUAUAGAACCCCGUUAUUAAAAGCGUUAUUGACAGAGUCUAGAUGAUUUAACCUAAUCAUUCACAUAUUUCACACAACCACAGAUUAGCUAAAGCCUCACAUAAGCACUUUUGAAGUUUGUUUUCAUUACAGAAACCAACUAGUUAUAGCAUAUUUGUACAUAAUUUAUCAACAAAUGAAUCUAAUAUGUCUCAAGAUUUAUAAAGACUGUAUUGCAAAUAACUGUUUCAUAGUUUUAUGUUAUCUUAGGAAAAUGAUAAACAUAAACUUUAAGAUAAUAUUUUCCAUCCAAAGAUGUACAUACUUAAUGAUUAGCCUUAGUACAUAGGUCAAGA